CUCCAAUUCAACACACACAAGACAACAACAGUCAAGAAAAAAAUAACAAGAUGGUCAAAGUUCUCCUUUUCGGUGUUACAGGCGUUAUUGGAAGAGAGGUAGCCAGAUCCUUUGUGCGAAGAGGACAUGAAGUCUAUGGCGUAACUCGCAGUGAAAGCAAGAUCAAAGAACUUUUACAAGAAGAGAUCAAUGGUGUAGUCGGUGACGCGGCCGAUCCAUCCACAUGGACUUCCCUCCUUGAACACGUCAGUGUCAUUAUCGACACGUCGGCUGGCUACAGUGAUCCCACCAAGGCUGCCUAUAAGUUACUUGAGGACAUUACAUCCGCAGUCAAGCAGUAUCCUAAAAAGCGAUUCACCUUCGUUUAUACCUCUGGACUAUGGGUAUACGGCGAGGGUCUCGGCAAAACAGUGGAUGAGACUUCGCCAACAAAUGCUAUCAAAGCUGUUAGCUACCGACCAGAGUUUGAGCAAAAGGUGAUCGAAAGCACUGCAUUUGAUGGUCUCGUCCUUCGACCUGGCUUGGUCCAUGGCCGAAGCGGAUCUAUCUUCGGCGUAUGGUUUUCACAAGUUGAAACUGGGUCUGUUACCUUGAUAAAUGACGAUCAAACACGCAUUGGACCUAUCCACGCCGACGAUCUAGCGGAGACUUAUGUCAACGCCGUCGAGCGCAUCCAAGUGACAAAAGGACAAAUCUUCAAUCUCGCUAACCGCCAAACUGAGAACGUGACGGAUGUCAUCAAGGCCAUGGCGCGAGCCGCUAACGUUGAUGUUAAAAUCACCUAUCAAAAAGCCACUAAUCCAUUUGAGGAGGCUCUUGGCUUACAUGGUCCCACCUUUGAUGUCAGCAAGGCUAUUAGCGUUUUAGGCUAUGAGCAGCGUCGCCCAGGUGUAGUGGACGGUAUGAAUCGUUAUUACAAGAGCUGGAAGGCUCAUCAGCAGUAGCAGAAUCAUGCCCUUCUGAUUAGAUGACAAAGUACUACAAAGAUUUUUUUUCUUCGGUUACAUUGAAAUAAAAUAAAUAUUGGGGUAACGUGGUCGAUCCCACACCGCUGCCAUCUCGUGACAUGGUAUAUGGGAUGAGGUUUUAUU